AUGGCGCUCAACUUGGACGAUCUGAUCGGCUCAAUGCAGAAUGGCUUUUCAGCCGGAGAUCGCGGUUCGGAUCUGGUGGCCAUGAGGGAAGAGCUGCGGCGGACAUUAGGCGAGCACGCUCUUGGUCCUGGCGGUAGCGGUAGAGGUGGACAUGCCGGGGAUGGUAGCGGAGGUAGUAUGGAUAUGGACUACGCGGAGAGCAGUAGCGCGAUUGGCAGGAGCGCGGGUGGGAAUGCGCAGCACUCUCACACUCUUACGGCUGCGUUGGAUGAUGGUGAUGAUGUGAUGGGCAUGGAAGGUGUGGACACGCCAAACGGAGGUGCUCACGAGCAUCAACAGCCGCACUCUCAUUAUCAACAUAAUCAUCCAUCAUCUAAUGGAAGUGCAGCUGGCGCUGCACACUCUUCAGGAUCGUACAUGUAUGGAUACGGCGCGCCCGGCCGAGUCGGCGGUAGCUACCCUGCAUACGAGCAUGGCACAGCGGGCAUGUCAUCUGCUUCUUCACCAGGUAUGCGCAUUCCCAGCUCGAGCACUGCUCAUCGUGCCUUUGGCUUUGGUCAUACCAGCUCCAAUGGGUCAUACAGUAGGGCAGCAGCAGGAGGACAUCCAUCCACGUCCGGCACCGGUACGGGGCGGCACAGCAUGACAAAGAUGGGCGCAUCUCCAGCAUCCGCAUCCACAACCAACUAUUCGCCCCAUUCCUUGGCUGCCUUUUCACCCUUUCCAGCAACAUCGCUAGCUUCCAGCGUGGCCACUUCUACAUCCACUUCCACACAUCACGAUCAUGGUUUUAGUCCGGGAUCGAAUAUGACGAGCGAGAGUGCAAUGUCUAUUGCUAGUCCUGGACCUGCUCAUGCGCCUGCCAACACGCCUCAGCAGACGCCGGUAGAGAGUCGAGGGGGACAUAUGCGCCGUCCAUCGGCAUCAGCGCAGCAAGACAUGACGUGUUCAAGCGCAGAAGGUCGAGACGGGUCAUAUGGACACUUCGCUGCCAUCGAUGAUUCUUCGCCCAAUCCUUAUCCAAGAUGGAGAUCUGCAUCAACGCUUCAACAAAAUGGACAGACGCACACUCUGGACGAAUCAGCUCUGCACGAUAAGCUCGUCGCUUCGGCCGCUGCGAGCGCGAGCGCGAGCGCGAGUGCGAAUAUGGGUGCGGGUGCGCAGAGCAACACGGCAGCGCCUACUCCUCCGCGUAGUCCGGGAUAUCAAGCAAGAAGAUCCGUCGUUGGUUUUCAACCGCCGCCCUCUUUUCCUGCUUGA